UAGACAUCUCUUUCUUUUCUCAUUUCAUUCUUUCUCUCAGUCCCAUGGCUCAUGAAGGUGGUGAAAAACUAGUUCACUUGAGCAAUGGGCCAGAAACUAAGAGACAGGGUUGGGUCCUUUUGCUUUUGAGGUUGCUUGCAUUGUUUGCUGCGGUUUCUGCUACAAUUGUGAUGGCAUUUAAUAAGGAGACCAAAACCAUCGUGGUUGCUACUGUUGGGACUACCCAAAUUACUGCUGCUCUUCAGGCUAAGUUUCAGCACACCCCAGCCUUUGUGUUCUUUGUGAUAGUCAAUGGAAUUGCCAGUUUCCAUCACUUCAUCAUCUUGACCACUGAUUUAUUUGCCUAUAAGUUUGAUUUCAAUGGUUUUCGGCCUUUGAUAAUCACAAUCUUGGACAUGGGAACGGUGGCUCUAGUGUCAUCAGGACUUGGUGCUGCAACUGCAAUGGCUGAGUUAGGAGAAAAUGGUAAUUCACAUGCCAGGUGGAGCAAGAUCUGUGACAAAUUUGGAACCUUCUGUGACCAUGGUCGUGGGGCCCUCAUUGCUUCCUUCAUUGGGCUUGGCCUCUUGAUGUUCCUCAACUUGUUAUCAAUGGUUACACUUUUCAAAAAGCCUACAAAUCUCUCGGUGGUCCCAUGAUGCACUGGAUCGCCUUGUACUUUCACAUCAGAUUGUAACUUGUGUGCUUGUUUGUUUCUUGAUCAAAGUGUGUUUGUUAUAUGUAACGGGCUUUGCUGAUUCCCAUUUGAUCACUCAAAAUCUGUAGCUCCAAGGAAGUAGCUGAUCAUAGAGCACAGUCUUGAAGCUUCUAAAUAGCAAAUGGUUUUUUUCUGGAGGUUUGUAGAAAAUUAAUGGCUAGCUUGUUUCAUGGUUGUCUUUCUCUCUUAA